UCAGUUUAGUUCAGCAGACAGAAAAUAAAGUUGUAUGUCUUUUAAAUGAUACAACAGGUAUGAUCAUGGUGUCUCUGUGCACUCAGUGAAGUCUGGGUUGUAAUAAAUCGAGUUAUAAUGGGUUGUAAACAAAAACAAUUAGAGCAGGAUGAGUUAUGGGCUGGGCAGAUUGUCUUUCUGGGCCAGACUGCGUGAAUAACCUUUACCCACACAGCUCCAUAGGAACAGGGGAGGAGGAGGCAUUAGCAUGAGCAGCUUUUGUGGUGAAAACAGCCUCAGACGAGAGGAAAGACCCCGGGGCUGAACACGCCCUGUCAGAAUGACGACCUGCUGCCUGACUCCCUGUGAGAACAGUAACGCUCUGACUUGGCUUUUGUGUCCAAACCCUGUUCAUGUGGAGACUUCAGUGAAAGUUCUGGGUGAGGAGGCUCAGGAGAGGAAGUGUUCACUAGCUGAAACUUUUCUUCAGCACAUUCACGGAGAACAAUGCAUUCAAGUGCUUAUGCAGCUACUAAAUUCUCAGGACGCAUGGCUGUGCAGUAUGGCGGUUUAUAUCUUUGGGGUGCUUUUGGAGAAUGAAGACAUGGUGCAGAAGCUUCAGGAGUGGACUCAUGGGGACAACGGUCUCUGCUGGGCCUUAGGACAACUCCUGGAGAAAGAUGAGCAUGACGUGGUCUUAAAUGCGGCUGGUGCCAUUGCAUCACUGGUUGAGACCCCCUCGGGACGUCAGUGGCUGCUUCAAGACAGUUCAGUGUUCAGUCAAGUCCUUGAGAACGUGACAUGUCUCCUCAUUCACGAAAGAGAGAAUGCAGUUAACUCAGCUGCUCUUAUUCUGGCCUGGCUGUCUCUGUGCGAGACGGCGUGCCAAAAGCUUCUUUCUCAUUCCUCAGCUUCUAAAAUCCUAAGCCGCCUAGCACACUGUCUCGCCUACAGCCACAAAGACACUGCAAUGAAUGCAGCUUUCACUAUUGGCCGCUUGUGUGGAAGCGAACAGGGCAAAAGGGUCAUCCUGGCUAAAGCUCAAGACUACAGGCUGGCAAACAGCCUUCAAACUUUACUAUCGAAUGGAGCAGGUCCAGAGGCAGGACAAGCUGCCUGCUUUGCUUUGAGCUGUUUGGCUUCUGAAGAUGAUGGACAUACUCUGCUGAUGGAGAAUUCCUCUUGUCCAGAGUUACUGAAUGGUCUUCUGAGCUUAUUGAAGAGUGCGGACCCAGACAGUACUUGGUUUGCUGCUAUGACUUUAAGAGUGUUUGUGUCUCGACCAUCAGGAGUGAUUCGAGUUAGAGAACACAGCUAUUUGGAGGAGCAGCUAAAGUACCUGUCUCUCCUUUCAUCCACGGGUCGGGAGCUGCAGGAAGAGAUCAGCGCUUGCCUGAGAAAACUGAGACGCCUUCCCAAACCAUCUCCUAUAACGGUCCAGCACCUUUGCUCGGGGGCCUGCAUUGCAUCAUGGGAGAGACAGGAGCCUGAGAGCGGCCUUGAAGUCACAUAUAGUCUUUUUGAUGGAGACACUGUGUUGUACUGUGGCCUGCAGUGUCAGGUGACUUUGCCUUAUUCCCACCUCCGAUAUAAGCAGUGCCUGUCUCUACGCCUCAACCUGUCCACCUCAGACGGCGAUGUCAGUCCCUUUAGUGACCUUGUGGAAAUGACAGUGGAGAGGCCAAACCUUAGACCUGGAACUCCAGAGGCUCUGCGUGUGAUUGGCUGCACAGACACUCAGGUUCACUUAAGCUGGAUGGAGCCAAAUGGAGAAAUCAAGCCUAAAUCAUUCCAAGUCUACUGUGAUGAUGUAUUGGUGGAAACCGCUACUGAGCUUGGAACUACAGUGAGCUGUCUGUCUCCCAGCACUACCUAUACGUUAAGUGUAUGUGCACUGGGUCCCGGAGACACGGCAGGUCCUCGCUCCAGCAUUGCAGUACAGACUGAUGAAUGUUACGAUCACGCACCCAGAGGCCUGACGGUGGCUGUCCAGGGAAGACACGAGCUCCACAUCAGCUGGGGUGCUCCAGUAGCACCACUGGGGCGUAUCUUCAACUAUGAGCUGCGUCUGAACGGCUUUGUGGUUUAUUUGGGGACGGAGAGGGCGCAUACGGCCCGUCGGCUCACUGCUAACACAGCCUACACCUGCACAGUAACAGCCAUCACCUCUAGAGGACGCUGCCAGAGCAGGCCAGUCACCAAAAGGACAGCAAAAGAUGGAUAUAUGAAUGUAAACAGGUCUCUCUAUUCUCCCAGUCGUCAGCCCAUAUCACAUCCUUUACCAUCACCUCCUGACACAGAGGUGAACGAAGUCAAAUCCAAGGCCAGGAAGUCAUUAUUACACAAACGGCCACCCAACGUCCAGCUGACAGUUCCCCAUCACACAGACCCUGACCUCAGAAAAGACAGGCACAGGCUGCCCUCUGUUUCAGUGCCCUCCCACAACACUGAGAAAAGCAAAUCUAACCUGAUGUCAGAGGAACAGGGCCUUGUCAGUAAAUUGGAUGUCAAAGCAAUGUGGAAUCGUGCCAGAGAUGCUUCGGAUGCGGCAGCUUUUCCAGUGAAUGCUUCUGAUUGCCCCGUGGUGCUACGCCAAGAACGCCAUGAACGUACACAGCGAUCCCAGCAAUUGUCAGAUUCUGCACUGGACCUCUCAAACUCCAGAUCAAAGAUUAGCCCAGAUGUGCUUUGGGGGUCUGGCAGGUUAGAAUCAGACAUGAGGAGACUGCCUGUCAUCAGCCAGCCGAUUACUGGAAGUGUGAGGCUGCUCCAGCCUAUCUCUUAUCACUGGCCUGAUCUAGAGCGGACAGAGCAGCACCACAAAAAAUCACACAGAAACAGGCUUGGAGCUGGGUCAAGAUUGCACAGUCAGUUAAAGGGACGACAGUACCUUACAUCGUCCUGGACAAAGACAUAGUUGAACAGUAUGGAGUUAUUACUGGAGGUUUGUAUGUGAUGUUUCAGCCAGGAGAACAAAAAUCUGUGUUGUUUUUUUUCCAGUAAAAUACUGUACGUCGUGUAUGUCAAGUACUGCUUUUUGAUUAAGUGAAAUCUUUGUUUUCAUGUUUCCAAAUAAAUGACAAU